UGGCGCGCUCGUGGACACCUACUCGGAGCCUGACUGGUCGACUCCCGGCCCGGGAGCCCGUGGGGACGGCCGGCCGCUGCGGGGAGGCGGAGGAGAAAGCGCGCGGAAGCGGCCAGGCCCGCGGGACACCGAGCGUGACCUUCCACGGGCGAGCCCUCUGUCCCCAGUCCUUCCCUGGAACUGCUGGGGGGAGCGGUCACUGCGACAGUCAUAGCAGAAAUGCACCUUUGAGGGGCCGGCUGUUAGCAGGAAGUAGCACAGUGUGCCCGACUUGCAGCCACUAAUUCUUUUGCUCUGCGGAUUUAGGCAGAACUAUGACGCGAAGGAUCGGGUUCCCGUGCUGCGGCCUAAUCCGGAGACUGCACUUGCCGCGGCUGCUUCUCUUGGGUGUGGCCUGCCACUCUGUCGUCUGCGGCUUUUUACAAUCUGUUCUUGAAGGAAGUGCCAACCUUCCGCAUCUUGCCAGUAACGGGUCAAACCACGAUCAGGACUAUUGCGAAACAGAAGCUAAAUUAGCCUCAUCUCUCGACUUUUGGACUCUCUCCUCUGCAGACCUUAUAGCUGUGUUGCCAGUUGAUCCUGUUAAAGAAAAUUAUGUUCGUAAAGUGAAAAACUGUAUUUUUUCAGUUGCCUUCCCAACUGCUUUCAAAUCAAGAGUACGUCUUGUAGCAGUUUCAAAGGAAGUUCUAGAAGAUAUUUUGGACCUUGAUUUAUCUGUCUCAGAAACAGAUGAUUUUAUCCAGCUUGUAAGUGGUGAAAAGAUAGUGUCUGGAUCCGUUCCGUUGGCUCACCGAUAUGGUGGGCAUCAGUUUGGAAUAUGGGCAGAUCAGCUUGGGGAUGGAAGAGCCCACCUUAUUGGAAUUUAUAUGAACAGGCAGGGUGAAAAGUGGGAGCUCCAAUUAAAAGGCUCAGGGAAGACUCCAUACUCCCGACAUGGUGAUGGUAGAGCUGUACUUCGAUCCUCAGUGAGAGAAUUCUUGUGUAGUGAGGCUAUGUAUUAUCUUGGAAUUCCAACUAGCAGAGCUGCAAGUCUGGUUGUAAGUGAUGAUGAAGUAUGGCGAGACCAGUUUUACAAUGGAAAUAUUAUGAAAGAACGAGGUGCAGUAGUGCUGCGUGCUGCAAAAUCAUGGUUUAGAAUUGGAUCACUGGAAAUUUUGGCUCAUUAUGGUGAACUGGAUUUACUGAGGACAUUAUUAGACUUCAUCAUACAGGAGCAUUUUCCCUCUGUAGAUGUCAAAGAACCUAAUAGAUACAUGGAUUUUUUUUCUAUUGUGGUAUCUGAGACAGCACAACUGAUUGCCUUGUGGAUGUCUGUUGGUUUUGCUCAUGGUGUUUGUAAUACUGAUAACUUCAGUUUGUUAUCCAUUACAAUUGACUAUGGUCCAUUUGGUUUUAUGGAGGCCUAUAAUCCAGAUUUUGUACCAAAUAUAUCUGAUGAUGAAAGAAGAUAUAAAAUAGGAAAUCAGGCCAAUAUUGGGAUGUUUAAUUUAAACAAGUUGUUACAAGCUCUAAACCCAUUACUGGAUUCUAGGCAAAAGCAGCUUGCUGUUCAGAUUCUUGAGGGGUACCCUGUUCUUUAUUAUACAAGAUUUAGCAAAUUGUUCAAAGCCAAAUUGGGAUUACUUGGAGAAAGGGAGGAGGAUGAUGAUUUAAUUGCAUUUCUCUUACAUCUCAUGGAAAUGACAGAAGCUGAUUUUACAAUGACGUUUCGGCAGCUCAGUGAGAUUACUCAAAGCCAGCUACUGGAGCUCAACAUUCCUCAGCAAUUCUGGGCACUGAAGACAGUUUCAAAGCACAAACUCUUUCCUGCCUGGGUGUCCCAGUACCUUUUGAGAUUGAAGAGUAACAUGAAUGACUCAGAUUCUGAAAGAAGAAGAAGAAUGACAUCUGUCAACCCUAGAUAUGUGCUGAAGAACUGGAUGGCAGAAUCUGCAGUGCAGAAAGCAGAAAGGAAUGAUUUUUCAGAGGUCCGUCUUCUCCAGGAAGUUCUUCAGCAUCCCUUCCAGAAGCAUUCUGCAGCCGAGAAGGCGGGCUACUCCGCACCUACUCCUUCUUGGGCUGAAGAUCUCAGAGUUAGUUGCUCAUCUUAAUUUGGGAAAAGCAAAUUAAGGAAUACCUCUGUCAUUGAACUCAACAUAGAAUAAUUUGUUUAAUAAAUUCUUAAUGAUCAUCCACAUUUUGAUGAAAAUCCCACAUUGGGUAAUAAUGAUUAUAUACAAAAAUGUUUUUUAGCCAAAUAAA